GCAAAAAUCAUCAAUAAGAAAAACCGAAUCGACCCUCAAGAAAAAGAAAAACUGAAUCGAAACAAGCACUUCGUCUUCUCCUCCCGUGCUUGCAGACGGGAUGGGUGGGCGUCGUGAUCACGGGCAGUGUCCCGCCGAGGUUGUUCUUCACCUCCGGCGGCUGGACGCUCUCCUCAAGGACCACGGCCUCGACCACACCGCCCACACGCUGGAGAUGGAGGCGGGCCUGUUCUUCGAGGCGGCGCAUCUGGAGCAGCUGGUGAGGCAAGGGCUCUGGGCCUCCGCCCACCGCUACCUGCGCCGCUUCUCGGCCCUUUGGGACGGGGACGGCGCCGCCACCCAGUACGCCACCCUCCUCAGCAGCCUCUCCCACCACUCUAUACUUGCCUGGCUGGCCUGCCGCGGCGACGAAGGCGGUCGCGCUGCCUCUUUCCUCAGGCCCUCGGAUGAGGCCAUCCGCACGGCCUGCCCCGAGGAAGCCCGACGCAAGGACAUGUACUGCUCCAUGACUUCCCAACAAGCCAGAGCAUCCUUGAACUGGGAGGAUAUAAAGCUCGAGACCUUGACGAGGGUGCAAGAGUUGGUUGAUCUGCGUCCCAACCUGGACUGCCUGCUGAAAAAUCGAUUGCCACGACACAAGCCCACGCCGCAGGAUGUCAUUCCUCUUGGCAUACUGACCAGCUUACGGGGGUCUCAGAGAUACCGGAGGAAGAGAGUCAACCAUAAGCCAGCAUGUGAUCUCGCGUAUUUUGUUCUACACAAGAGGCUGCCCGAUAUUAGUUUGGUGCCAGACUGCCACUAAUUCUUCGUGGCUGAAACUAGUUUGAAACCGGAUCUUCUUUUUGUUAUUAUAUAUAUAUAAGUUUUAGAGUGGUUGGGCUUUUUU